AUGAUACAACUAGUUCUUUUUACAAAUAUCAUUAUGAAGAUGGUCACUUUUUCUCUUUUUGUUGCUUUACUUGCUUUGAGUCCUGGUCCUUGUGAUGCCUUUCUCAACAUCCUCCCCCGAAAGUCGAACACGAACCCAAAUACUCUUUUCAAAGUUUACAACGACGUUAGAGGAAACAUCAAAACCGUGGAAACAUUCAAUGAUGUCACAGCACAAGACUUGUUGAGAUUUGGGGUUAUAAAGAUUUUGGAAACCAAUUCAGUCAUUACUAAUGAAGCUUUGGCCGCAAAUGCAUUGUCAGAAAACUAUUUACCAAGUUAUCAGCAUGACAAGAAAUACGAAUACAAUGCCAAAGAAGGAAAGAAUAUGUUCUAUGAGGUCUCAUUCCAGAAUCUAGAAUUGGAUAGGCAUGUAAAUGACUGGAUGCCUCUUGGCACAUGUCGUCAUAAUCAAGCCUCGACCCCUUCCACGUAUACCCAGGGUUGGAGCGUGGGAGUUGCUACAGGUGCUAAUGCGAAGGUUGAAUUUGCUCAAAUUUUUGGAAUCAAACCAUCAUUCCAAUACGAUGUUCUGAUUUCUGCUGGUCUUAGUGGAUCACUUUCAUGCAAUGUUGAUGGUAGAAAGAAACUUCAAUUUCAGAUUAUGACAGAGUCUGUUACAAUGAAGAACGUGAAGAUGAGACCAAUCAAGAUUAUCAGAGAUUACAAGUACACCAACGGAAUCUUUGCAACUAUGGAAGUGGGUGAGUGGGAAUACGUUGAAGAAUAUACUAGAUUGAACAGAAGAAAUGUUCAAUUAGGUUGUAUUACAGAUCCAGAACAGCUUAGUUGUUGA